ACAUUGAACGUGUCACUGUCCCUAGAACCAUUCCACUCUACGUAACCCGCUGUGCUCCCGCAAACCGCUCUGUGCUCCCUUAUCCUAACCCAAUUCGCUUAUGCUCACCUACGUCGUUCUCAACAGUUCAUCUAUCCGACCACUCUCUCCUCGAUUAACCAACAGCGAAUACGUUCGGAGACGACACUCUUUCCGUGGAGAAAGAACAGCAGCGGGCAAACAAACUCUCACACACCGGACCCUACAGGUGUAGCCUAAAUAACUUUCGAAUCGUACGACAUCGUAAAUCAAAUGGAUCUUUGGGGAGUGUACCUAUUUCAUCUCGUAUUCAUUGCCCUGCAUGAGGUCCUGUCUGAAGGCAGAGACUGUCUGGUGGCGGGGGACUCAUGCUCCAGCGACGAGACCUGCAGCCCACGUCUGCGGACCCUGCGUCAGUGCGUGGCGGGCGACGGCAGCAUGAAGCUGGGCCCCGGGGCCCGGAGCCAGUGCGCCAACGCCGUCUCAGCCCUGAUUUCCAGCCCCCUGCAUGGCUGCCAGUGCAAACGGGGCAUGAAGAAGGAGAAGAACUGCCUCAGCAUCUACUGGAGUCUCCAUCAGUCUGUCAUACACGGACUCAACCUGGUAGAGAAUUACCCUUACAAAGCCGUGGAGAGAGACUACGACUCCGUUCGUCUGGCCUCCAUCACGGCUGACUCUGAGGCCAACGUGGCGACGGUGAACCGUUGCCUGGACGCAGCCAAGGCGUGUAACGUCGACGACCUGUGCCAGAAGCUCCGCACAGAGUACGUAUCUGCCUGCAUCAAACCCUUGGCCAAGUCGGGCCUCUGCAACAAGGCCAAGUGUAAUAAGGCCCUACGCCGGUUCUUUGAUCGCGUCCCUCCAGCCUACACACAUGAGCUGCUUUUCUGCCCUUGCACGGACAUGGCGUGUGCCGAGCGACGCAGGCAAACCAUUGUUCCCGGCUGCUCCUAUGAGGGCUCAGACAAACCCAGCUGCCUCAUACAGAUGAGUAUGUGCAAGGGUGACUAUGUGUGCAGGUCCCGUCUGGCUCAGUUCCAGUACGACUGCCAACCAGCCGAGUCGUCUGCCAACAGCUGCAAGCAGGGGAACUAUGGAGCCUGUCUACUUGCCUACACAGGCCUGAUAGGCAGUUCGAUAACUCCCAACUAUAUGGAUAACUCCACAUCUAGCGUGGCCCCGUGGUGCUCCUGCUCUGCCAGCGGAAACCAGAGAGUAGAGUGCUCCGACUUCCUGGAAUACUUCACCAACAACGUCUGUCUCAGGAAUGCUCUCCUGGCGUUUGGGAGCGGGACAGACGUGAUGCCCACGUCCAGCGAAUCGAGACACCUCAGCCCAGCCACUGGCAGAGAGAGCCAUGCCAUCAACCCUCUGCCUGCUACUGUGGAGACCACACGGAACAUUCCGGAAUCAAUUAUUCCAACACAGGCCAGCGGAAAUGACCGAUUGUGGAGAGAUUCUACCCUCCCGUCAGAUGGGCUCCCAAACUCUGCCCACGCACUUGGCCUACUGCCUCCAACUUCCUUUACAGGCCUUUUGGUCCUACCUCUGGUCUUAUAUGGUCACUAAAUGAGGAAGCACUGCCAAGGACCACCCAUAAAGCAGGAGUAUUUGUUCACAAAUCCUGGAUACAUUUUUGUCUUUAGCAUAUAGGCUACUCCCGUCUCCUAAACAUAUACAGCAUAGUCCUUUUCCUAUUUUUUUGUGUGAGUGGUUCAGUUGCACUCGCAAGUCCCUUAGGUGUACGACUUGGAGAGACUGAGACAGAUUGGUUUCAAUCUGUAUACUUGUACAUUGUUAUCGCUUCGAGUCAAGAUGAAAGUACUUUUCAGUGGACUAACCUACCAUCCAAGCUAUCCAAGCACGUCCAAGCACAGGACUAAAUUCUAAAAAUGCCAUCGGGAACUGCACGGUUAUUCCUUAAGAUCUAUAUAUAAACGGAAAGAUCACGAGAAACGGACUCUAGUGAACUGUCUUUAUUUUGUACUCAACUGCACAAACUGAUUGGAAAAGACCCUUGCGGAUAUAAGGGCUUUAAUACCGCUCUCUUCGACUUGACUGAAGGAGGAACAUUGUUUCUGAUUAAUACUGGAAUGGUAGAGAUGGACAAUGGAGCUACUAUUCAUCCAUUCUGGACAAAUACACUGACUCUGAUCAUUCCAAGUGCUGUCGGCUGCAAGAGAUGUGGAAACUUUAGAAUAUGUGGGAUAGCUCUGACCUAAUGAUUAUCAUGCACGCGGUGAAGAUUGGGCUCUUUGUCAUGCUGUCAUCGCCAGUUCAUUUGUUCUCGCUAAUGCUUAGCUAAGUGUUCAUUAUAAAACACUUUCUUCUCCUAGAACUUUGUUAAAAUUAAGUUAUGAGCAAACAUGUUCUCUGUGUACAGUACCAUUGUUCUGUGUUUGUGUGGAAGGACUGCCUUCUUUUCCUCAUUGUGUAAAUGGACAUUUCUCAAAGGGUGUCUGAAUUAGUAUGCCAUAUACGAACAAGGGCUUGUGUCUGCCGAAAUGUACUGCGCUGCCCUCGGGCGGCAGGGUAGCCUAGUGGUUAGAGCGUUGGACUAGUAACCGGAAGGUUGCAAGUUCAAAUCCCCGAGCUGACAAGGUACAAAUCUGUCGUUCUGCCCCUGAACAGGCAGUUAACCCACUGUUCCUAGGCCGUCAUUGAAAAUAAGAAUUUGUUCUUAACUGACUUGCCUAGUUAAAUAAAGGUAAAAUAAAAAAAAUAAAAAAAUACACAUCAACCAUAGUUGCUGAAACCAUGCUGGAAUGCACAAUGUGAAAAGAAAAUAUCAGAGACAAUAGCAGGAUACAGUACAGUUCGUACAGUAGAAAGGGUAUAUGUGACCUGUUCAUGGUAAGAUGGUCAUGAAUGAUGCGAUGUUCAAUGGGGGAAGACAAUGAGUUUCUGACGACAUGGAUAAUAUAAAGUUGGCUGGGUUUACUGUGCAUUGGCAGGACAGAUAAGCUACUUCUGGUAAGACGAGGGGUGGGGGUGUGUGUAUUUGUCAAUAACAGCUGGUGGGCAAUGUCUAAUAUUAAAGAAGUCUUGAGGUGGAGUACCUCGUGAUAAGCUGUAGACCACACUAUCUACCAAGAGAGUUCUUAUCUAUAGUAUUCGUAGUCAUGUAUUUUACCACCACACACCGAUGCUGGCACUAAGACUGCACUCCACGAACUAUAAGCAAACAAGAAAAAGCUCAUCCAGAAGUGACGCUCCUCGUGGCCGGGGACUUUAAUGCAGGCAAACUUAAAUAAUGUUUUACCUCAAAUCUAGACAACCUUUACUUCACACACAGAGACACAUACAAAGCUCCCCCUCGCCCUCCAUUUGGCAAACCUGACUAUAAUUUUAUCCUCCUGAUUCCUGCUUACAAGCAAAAACGAAAUCAGGAAGUACCAGUGACUCGCUCAAUACAGAAGUGGUCAGAUGACACGGAUACUACGCUACAGGACUAUUUUGCUAGCACACACUGGGAUAUGUUCAGCCGAUGUGUGCAAGACCUUUAAACAGGUCAACAUUCACAAAGCCACGUGGCCGGAUGGAUUACCAGGACGUGUACUCCUGGUACACGUCCUGUCAAGUGUCUUCCCUGAAAUGUUCAACCUCUGCCUGACCCGGUCUGUAAUAUAACAUGUUUCAAGCAGAACACCAUAGUCCCUGUGCCAAAGGAAGCAAAGAUAACCUGCUUAAAUGAUUUCCCUCCCCGUAGCACUCAUAUCGGUAGCCAUGAAGUGCUUUGAAAGGUGGAUAAUUGCUCACAUCAACACCAUCAUCCCGGAAACACUAGACCCACAACAACAUACCGCCCCAAUAGAUCCACAGACGACACGAUCUCAAUCGCACUCCACACUGCCCAUUCCCACCUGGACGAAAGGAACACCUAUGUGAGAAUGCAGUUCAUUGACUACUGUUCAGCGUUCAACACCAUAGUGCCCACAAAUCUCAUCACUAAGCUAAUUACCCUGCGACCAAACACCUCCCUCUGCAACUGGAUCCUGAACUUUUUGACGGGCCGUCCCCAGGUGGUAAGCUUUGGUCAACAACACGUCUGCCAUGCUCAUCCUCAACACUGAGGCCCCUCAUGGGUGCAUGCUUAGUUCCCUCUUAUACUCCCUGUUCACCCAUGACUGUGUGGCCAAACACGACUCCAACACCAUCAUUAAGUUUGCUGACGACACAACAGUGAUGGGCCUGAUUACCGACAACGAUGAGACAGCCUAUAGGGAGGAGGUCAAAGACCUGGCAGUGUGGUGCCAGGACAACAACAUCUCCCUCAAUGUAAGCAAGACAAAGGAGCUGAAUGUGGACUACAGGAAAAGGUGACCCGAACAGGAGGCCACCAUUAACAUUGACGUGGCUGUAGUGGAGCGGGUCGAGAGUUUGAAGUCGUUGGUGUCCACAUCACCAACAAACUAUCAUGGUCCAAACACACCACGACUGUGGUGAAGAAGGCACGACAACACCUUUUCCACCUUUAACCUGUUACUCCUACCCCCUACUUUUUCGAACAUUCUGUUAAAAAUCGCGCAACAUUUCAGCGCCCUGCUGCUCAUGCCAGGAAUAUAGUAUAUGCAUAUCAUUAGUAUGUGUGGAUAGAAAACACUCAGACGUUUAUAAAACUGGUUAAAUCACGGCUGUGACUAUAACAGAACGUGCGUUUCAUCGAAAAGCGCAGGAAAAUCUGAUCAAUGAAAAUGGAAAUAUAUAUCCAUCCACCACUUCAACCCAUUGAUAAAGGCAAACCACAAUAAAUGGGGCUGAGGUUGCAAUACCUACAGCUUCCACACGAUGUCAACAGUCUUGUCAUUUGCCUAGGCUUUGUUUCUUGGUCAAACGAAGUAGAGACAAGCCAUUUGUUCAAGUUUCCGACCGGAUAUUUUGGUUGAGAUUUACCCGGACAUUAUUUCCAGACGGACAGCUAAAGAAUAUACAUCGCCUCGUGAUCAAUUUGGUCGCUUAUUAACGUGUACUAAUACCUAAAGUUGCAUUACAAAAGUAUUUUUCGAAGUGUUUUGUGAAAGUUUAUCGUCGACUUUUUUAAUUUAAAAAAAUGACGUUACGUUAUAAGACGCUAUUUUUUUCCGUUUAUCACACAGUCUUCAUAGAUCGAUAUAUAGGCUAUAUAUGGACCGAUUGAAUCUGAAAAAAGACCCAAUAGUGAUUAUGGGACAUCUAGGAGUGCCAACAAAGAAGAUGGUCAAAGGUAAAUUAAUGUUUUAUAUUUUAUUUGUGCGGUUUGUGUAGCGACGACUAUGCUAAUUAUUUUGUUUACGUCCCCUGCGGGUCUUUUGGGGUGUUACAUGCUAUCAGAUAAUAGCUUCUCAUGCUUUCGCCGAAAAGCAUUUUAAAAAUCUGACUUGUUGCCUGGAUUCACAACAAGUGUAGCUAAUUCAAUACCCUGCAUGUGUAUUUUAAUGAACGUUUGAGUUUUAACUAGUACUAUUAGCAUUUAGCGUAGCGCAUUUGCAUUUCCAGAUGUCUAGAUGGGACGCCUGCGUGUCAGGUAGGAGCAAGAGGUUAAGAGACCGAAAAUAUUUGGUUUUGGUUCCUAGAUCCUCAAAAAGUUCAUCCUGACCGGUUGCAUCACCACAUAUGAUAGCAACUGCUCGGCUGUAAGGAGCUACAGAGGGUAGAGCAUACGUCCCAGUACAUCACUGGGGCCAAGCUUCCUGCCAUCCAGGACCUAUAUAAUAGGCAGUGUCAAAGGAAGGCCCAAAAAAUUGUCAAAGACUCCAGUCAACCAAGUCAUAGACUGUGCGCUCCGCUACCGCACGGCAAGCGGUACCGGAGAACCAAAUCUAGGACCAAAAGGCUCCUUAACAGCUUCUACUCCCAAGCCAUAAGACUACUGAACAAUUAAUCAUAUGGCGCCAGCCGGACCCCCCCUUCCAUUUGUUUUAUCACUGCUGCUACGUGCUGUCUAUGAUCUAUGCAUAGUCACUUUACCCAUAACUACAUGUACAAAUACCUCUAAUCAAACCUGUCACACCCUGAUCUGUUUCACCUGUCCUUUUGAUUGUCUCCACCCCCUCCAGGUGUCGAUUAUUAUCCCCGGUGUAUAUAUCCCUGUGUUUCCUGUCUCUCUGUGCCAGUUCGUCUUGUUUGCCAAUUCAACCAGCAGUUUCCCUUGCUCCUAUAUUUCUCUGUUUGUUCCUAGUCCCCCUGGUUUCGACUCUUGCCUGUUCUGACUCUGAACCCGCCUGCCUGACCACUCUGCCUGUUCUGACUCUGAACCCGCCUGCCUGACCACUAUGCCUGUUCUGACUCUGAACCCGCCUGCCUGGCCACUAUGCCUGUUCUGACUCUGAACCCGCCUGCCUGACCACUCUGCCUGUUCUGACUCUGAAUCUGCCUGCCUGACCACUCUGCCUGUUCUGACUCUGAACCCACCUGCCUGACCACUCUGCCUGUUCUGACUACCAGCCUGACUACCAGCCCCUUGUACUGUAUUUGGACUCGGAUCGGUUUCUGACCCCUGCCUGGCCUGACCUCGAAACUGCCUAUCACCUGGUAAUGUUUGGACUCUGACCUGGUUUAUGAACUCUUGCCUGUCCCCGACCUGUCUUUGCCUACUCCCUUUGUUAUAAUAAACAUCAGAGCUCUACCAUCUGCCUCCUGUGUCUGUAUUUGGGUCUUGCCUUCUGCCCUUAUACCUGUAAGCACAUUGUCUCGGUACAGGUACCUCCUGUAUAUAGCCUCGUUAAUGUUAUUUUAUGUGUUACUUUUUAGUAUUUUUUACUUUAGUUUAUUUAGUAAAUAUUUUCUUAACUCUUUCUUGAA